CCAAACACCACGGCGAGCACAUGUAUAAUAUCAACAUAAAGUCUAGGGGUUGGUCCUCUCUGGAUUUUUUUUACUUUUUCUUUUUUGUCCCUUUUGUUUUUGUCUUAUCUGUACAGUGUACUUGCGAAAUUCCAUAGUGGUUACCAUUUGAAAAUUACAACAAACUUGUGAGGGGCUAAUUAGGUUUAGAGCACAAAAGACAUGAACUACUUUCUUUUCUUAUUCUCUUUUUGUUUGUGACAUGUAAAGAUCGUUAACAAGAUGUAUAACUAAUUCACUCCUAAUUAACAUGUCAAUCUGAGCACUAAUACAUUUCACCAUAUUAUAUAAACAAUCUAACCAGGUUUAACUUUCUCAAAGGCAAAUUCCAUUUUCUUCCUUUUUUUAUUUUUUUUAAAUCAUAAGACAUGGAAGAUGAAGAAGAUAAUAAUCUUUUAUGGGCAUUUUCAUGUGAAAAUGGAUGCAUGGGAAUUCUGAUGGUUACUUGCAUGGUUCUGACAUGGAUCCUCAUCCACAGAUGGAACCAAAGAAACAAAAAUGGUCCAAAAACUUGGCCACUAGUUGGAGCAGCAAUCGAACAGUUUAUAAACUAUGAUCGAAUGCAUGAUUGGCUUGUGAAUUACCUUUCCGAGUCGAAGACUGUUGUCAUCCCAAUGCCAUUUACAACUUAUACUUACACUGCUGAUCCUGCUAAUGUAGAACAUGUUCUCAAGACCAACUUUGCAAAUUACCCAAAGGGUGAAGUGUAUCAUUCAUACAUGGAAGUUCUGCUCGGAGAUGGGAUUUUUAAUGCGGACGGGGAAAUUUGGAGGAAACAGAGGAAGACGGCGAGUUUUGAGUUUGCAUCCAAGAAUUUGAGAGAUUUCAGCACAGUUGUUUUUAGAGAGUAUAGCCAGAAAUUGCAUGCUAUUUUGAGUCAAGCGUCUUUCCAGGGUCAGGAAGUUGAUAUGCAGGAACUUCUAAUGAGGAUGACUUUGGACUCCAUAUGUAAGGUCGGAUUUGGUGUAGAAAUUGGAACCUUAGCACCCAAUCUACCAGACAAUCAAUUUGCUCGAGCUUUUGACACAGCAAACAUCAUUGUUACAUUUCGUUUUAUCGAUCCCCUCUGGAAAAUAAAGAGAUUUCUAAAUGUGGGUUCAGAAGCUUUGCUUGACAAAAGCAUUAAGACACUUGAUGAUUUUACUUAUUCUGUUAUUCGAAGAAGGAAAUCGGAGAUAAAAGAAGGACGAGAGAGUUCUGAGAAUGAUAAGAUGAAGCAUGAUAUACUGUCACGGUUCAUCGAGUUAGGUGAAGAUCCAGAAAACAAUUUAACAGACAAAAGUCUCAGAGAUGUCCUCAACUUUGUAAUAGCCGGCCGUGAUACCACGGCGACAACUCUUUCAUGGGCCAUUUACAUGAUAAUGUCCAAUUCUCAGGUAGCUGAGAAGCUAUAUUCAGAGCUAAAAGCUUUGGAAGAAGAUCGAGCAAGAGAAGAGAAGGUUUCAUUACUUCAGUAUGACACAGAGGAUCCUGAAUCAUUCAACCAAAGAGCAAGACAAUUUGCACGGCUUUUGAGUUAUGAUUCAUUGGGAAGACUUCAUUACUUGCAUGCAGUUAUCACAGAGACACUGCGUUUGUACCCUGCGGUCCCUCAGGACCCGAAGGGCAUCUUGGAGGACGAUGUCUUACCAGACGGAACAAAACUUAAAGCAGGAGGAAUGGUGACUUAUGUUCCGUACUCAAUGGGUAGAAUGGAGUACAACUGGGGCUCUGAUGCAACUUCAUUUAAGCCUGAGAGAUGGCUUAAAGAUGGUUUCUUCCAAAAUGCAUCGCCAUUCAAGUUCACAGCAUUUCAGGCUGGGCCUAGGAUAUGCCUGGGGAAAGACUCUGCAUACCUUCAAAUGAAAAUGACAAUGGCCCUUUUGUGUAGAUUUUACAAAUUUGCUUUGGUGCCUGGUCAUGUGGUAGAAUACCGCAUGAUGACGAUUCUGUCAAUGGCGAAUGGAUUGAAGGUUACCAUAUCCAGACGUUCUUAGGACGCCUACCAUAACAUUACCGUCCAAAAGUUUUUUCUUCUACUGGUUUGUGGGCCUUCUGUUCUUUAGGGCAAAAACAUACUUCUAGCCAACU